AUGAUCCUCGAACGGUUUCUACUGGCGCUGCAAACCGUCUGCUCCGUCCAGGCCUCGUCGCCAUUUCGGGCAAUGUCAUUCGUCGGAGGCUCGUGGCAAACAGCAGCGGUGAGAACCCUUGGAAGAAAAUGUGCCAUCAACAUUGAGCUGUGGUCGGAGAAGGAGAUGAAGGCGCUGGUGGAGUUCAACUCUGAGGCUGCUACCGAUGCAAGUCUGCAAAUCCCAGCGGCGGCACCACUGAACCAUAAGCUCAGGGCCCCCAAAACCGCCAACCUUGGUCGGGGCAGCAGCUGCGGCGUCAAAAACCAGCCUGGCCGUCCCCUAGGCGUGACCCGGUUAACCGAACUCAUGACCUUCAAAUCCCGCAGCAGCACGCCCUGCGCUCUGACUGAAGACACAAGGAGUCUUGGCUGUCACUCGCUGGGACCCGCCAGCGCGGCCGGGUCCUCUGACCACGCGGUCGGUCUGCCCGACGUGCACCACGGCCGCCGAAAACACCGAUAUCGUAACCGCCGCGUCGAGCACAAAAUCCACAAUCAGGCUACCCUACGUCUAAACGCCGGUGGGCAACUUAACCGGCGCGUACGAUCCGUCCCACCCCGUCGCACCUAG